AUGGUGGGCAUGUAUCAGCCAGCAUCCAUCCGCCUCCAAGGAUGGGACCAGACGGGCGGAUGGCGUGAGUGGAUUGGAUGCAGGGUCAGGGUCGUGCGAACCGUCAGAUUCGCUGGAGACCCACUGGUGGUUCAGUGGCGGGCAGCGGUGGCCCACUGGGCAGUUGGAGCUGGCUUGAGUGCAGAGGCCGAGAUCCAGUCGGCGUCCCAGGACGCCGCAGCACAGGCAGUGUCGGCUGCACAAUUUGGAAGAAUCAGGCACUCAGGACAGCCCGUUGAUGGAGAAAGCAUGGCAAGCUCGGCCAACCGAGCUGGGCGGGUUGAGAGGCGACUAGGCUGGCCCGGCACCUGA